UUUGGUUAUUUUUCUCCCCGUUUGUCUUUGCCGCACCUUAUCAAGACGGCAUUAUUUCACCACGAUCGAUCUAAAGGUACAUUUGCUGACCAAAUACAUUUUUCUCAUGGGAGGUAUCUUCAGAUUCAACGCACCCAAGUUGGAUUGCGGCUCUACUUAGUGGUUUGACAGAAAAAGUCGUCUGAUUUCAACUUUUGUGCGCGUAAAAGCAUCACUGGUGACGUUUGGAAUAUUUCCGAGAGGAUCGGCUUUUGUUCAAGUGUUUUUAGGGCCUCGGAACCGACACGGUUGAGAAAGACUUUUCAUCCAAACCAGUCUGAACAAGUUUUUUUCAAGAUGGCGGACAUGUGAAAGCCCAGGUUCUCUCCGCAUCGCAAAAAAAGAGGAAUACUACAAGCAUCAAGAUGGCAGCAAUGUGGAGAACAACUAUCAUUCUAUUGGCCUUUUUUGGAACUUCUGCCCAAGCGGCGAGCCCUGACUUCGGUGCCAGCCUCCCCUCCACCGACACCAUUAACGAGAAUGUGGGCGGAGGGGUGUCCGUGUACGACUUCACUGUGACCGAUGGUGAUACCCAGUCGGUGACGCUCAGCAUCCAGAACUCCAACCCUGCAGGGGCGCCGUUUGAAGUAACAGUAGCAAAUUACAACGCUGGAACUACGACUGGACGGGUUAGUUCAACCGCUUCAGCGUCCUUUGACUUUGAGACCACCACAUCCUACACGUUAACUAUCCUAGCCACGGACCCGGAUGGUAACACUGCAACCGCGGACCUCACAGUAAACAUUGCGGACGUAAACGAAGCGCCAGUCAUCAGUAACAUCCCCUCUUCCGGACGGACCAUUGGUCUAAAUGAAGAUGUCGGCGGCAGCUUCCAAGUCUUCCAGGUGACGGCUACAGAUGUGGACAAUGGUGACUCCAUCCUCUUCUCCCUCGGUGGUGGAGGACCACACUUCGCCAUUGAUAGCUCCACCGGUAUCAUCACCACGACGCCCUCCACGGGGAUAGACUACGAGAGCGGGACGACCUCCUACACCCUGACGGUGACGGCGACCGACACUGGCCCCCUCACAGACACGGGCGUCCUGACGGUCAACCUGGUGGACACGAACGACGAGUCUCCUGUAUUCAGCGGGUCCAUUACGAACCCAGUCACCCUUUCCGAGGAGGUCCCGGUGGGUACCAGUGCAGGAGAGGUGCCGGCCUCGGACGCAGACUUCGGCGGUACCGACACCAUCACGUACGAGUUCGUCAGCACUCAGACAGACUUCACAUUAGACGCAAGUACAGGAGUAGUGUACACGGCGGCAAAUCUGGACUAUGACGCCGCCGGGGCGACCCAGACCUGGUCGCUGUCCAUCCGUGCGUACGACGGCGCCAGUCACUCCGUCACCACUACCCUCACCGUCAACCUGCAGGACCUGAACGAUAACUCACCUGUCUGCUCGCAAUAUGUCUUCACGAAACAGUUACCGGAAGGCACAGCGACGUCCAGCAAUGUGGCGACCCUCAGCUGUACCGACAGUGACGGCUCUAGUGCCAACAACCAACUAUCCUACAUCCUGUCGGACUCAUCUGGACUUUUCACAUUAAGUGGAACGGAAGUCAAGACGAGUGCUGCGCUUGAGUACGAUGACGCAACCGCGGCCAGUCAGAACUGGUUGUACACCAUGGAGGUGACGGUUACUGACAGUGGGACGAACCCGACGAAAAACUCAGCCACGGUGACAGUUGUGGUGGAAGUCACGAGCGUUAACGAAAACACCCCGACGUGCACGCAGGCAACCUACACCGCCACACCGAACGAAGACGAGACCGUCGACGCCGUCAUACAGACCCUGAGUUGUUCCGAUAAUGAUUACGGUGACGAUGGUGACCUGACCUACGCUAUCGUAUCCGGUAACCAGGACGGCAAGUUCUACAUCCACCCGACUGCUGGCGACAUCAAACUGCGGACAGCAUUGGACUACGAGACCACGCCUUCAUACGUUCUAGAGGUGACAGCCACAGAUGGCGGCGGUUCAGCCAACACCGCGACCGUCUCCAUCAACGUCGUGAACGUCAACGACAUGACGCCGACGUUCAACCCAGCGUUCUACACCGCCAGCGUGGUGGAGACGUCGGCGACUGUCGGAUACCUGAUCGCCACUCUCACCUGUGCUGACGCCGACUCGCCAGACAGCGAGAUACAGUACUCUAUUAUUUCAGGAAACACCGCAGGUAACUUCCGUAUAACGGACCCCGACAACGGGAACCCGUUGAUUGAAGUAGCGGUCGCAAUCGACUAUGACGCCGCCAGCGAGGCGCAGUCCUACACCCUGGUGGUGAAGGCUGUGGACGAGAACGGGGCGUCCACAGGGCUGUCCUCCAGCGCCAUUAUAGAGGUGGACAUCACCGGAAACAACGACUUUACACCGAGCUUCGCUGCCGCCAACCCAACAACUCCUACGAUUGACGAAGAGUCGCAGGUGGGCACCUCCGUGGUGACCUUCGCCGCCAGUGACAGUGACCGCGGGGCUGACGGGGCCGUCACGUACGAGAUCAUCAACGGCAACACUGCAGGGAACUUCGAGAUCGACACGUCUACAGGAGUAGUCUACACCGCUAAAGUCAUCGACUACGAGACGAUGGGGAACACCAAGAGUUACACCCUGACCGUGAAGGCUUCUGAUGGAGGAUCGCCUGUCAAAACAGCCACACAACAGGUGACAAUAGCCGUAGAAGACAUCAACGACAACGCUCCGGUGUGCACCCAGUACCUGUACGCGGUAUCGUUAGACGAGAACACCGCUGCAGGUACCGCUAUCGCCCAGCUGGACUGCCAGGACGCCGACAGUAACACCUACGGUACCGUGACGUACUACGAGGACCCAUCAAGUUCCGUGUUUGUGUUGGACACAACAUCCGGGGCUGUCACUCUGGAUAACUACGCCCUGGACUAUGAGUUGGGUACUACGUCUCACGAGCUCAAAAUCAAGGCAAGGGACAACGAUCCGGUGACGCCGAAGACGGCAGACAUUACCGUCACGAUGUACGUCAACGCGUUGAAUGAAUUCCCACCGGCGUUUACUCAGACGAUUUACAAUGCUGGGUCCUUGGACGAAGAUACCGCCAUAGGCACCAGCGUGGUCACCAUCGUCGCCACUGACAGUGACAGUGGGACAGACGGGACCAUCACAUACGCCAUCACGUCUCCUGCUAACUCACCUUUCGGUCUAGACUCGUCUUCAGGUCUUGUGACUCUUGUGUCGGCCCUGGAUUACGAGACGGACACCAACUACCAGCUGACCGUGACGGCCACGGACGGCGGCGGGCGGGUCGACACGGCCACGGUCACGAUCACCGUCAACGACGUCAACGACAACACACCUGCCUGCACCCCGUCUCUCCUCACCACGGACCUACCGGAGGGCACUACCACAUUACCACCCUACACGGUCCUGACGCUGACGUGCUCCGACGGAGAUGGCGGCACGUUCGGCACCCUCACCUACACGUUAUCACAGUCUCCCAGCACGAAGUUCUCCAUAACAAACGCUGGCGUUAUAGAACUGACAAGCGACGUGGAUUUCGACGGUGGUGAGACGUCAUAUUCUCUUGUUGCCACGGUAACGGACAGCGCCGCCAUCGUCGCCGACCGAAAGUCGACCACAGUGCCCAUCACGGUGGAAGUGACGUCAGUGAACGAAGGGCCUCCAGUCUUCGACAACGCGCCAUACACUGUCAGCGUCAGCGAGGCAACAGCUAUCGGUACCGCCGUCUACACCGCCAGCGCUACAGAUCCCGACAGCACCGCCGACUCCUUCGGACAGAUCACGUUUUCCAUCACAAGUGGAGACUCCCUCAAUCUGUUCGAGAUCGAUUCGAACACAGGAGAAAUCAUGGCGAAGGCUACACUGGACCGGGAAGCAGCGUCUUCACACACACUUCAGCUGAAGGCGGAGGAUGGAGGUACGCAGUCCGGCACCACGUCCAUAACCAUCACGCUGACGGACGAGAAUGACCAGACGCCCGAGUGUAACCCCGCCACCUACAUCGAGACGGUGUCCGAGACGGAAGCAGUCGGCUUCACCGUGGCUUCCCUGGCAUGUACCGAUACAGACGAUGCGGCUUACGGCACACUGUCAUACUCCAUUACAACUGGUAACACCAAGUUGUACUUUGAAAUGAGCGGCGCCGACCUAAAACUCAAGAAGCAGCUGGAUUAUGAGGACGAAACUACUUUCUCCCUCAGUAUCCUGGUCCAAGAUAACAGUGGGAAUAACCCAUCCAACUCUGCCACAGUUCCCGUGUCUAUAUAUGUCGAUCCCUCCAACGAGUUCACGCCGUACUUCAGCCCUGAAACCUACUCUAACACGGUGUUCGAGGACGAGUCGGUCGGAGCCACCGUUGUCGACGUCGACGCUUACGACAGCGACUCGAGCGCGAACGCGCACGGCCAGAUCACGUACACCAUCCAGGGCGGCAACAGCGAGGGCAAGUUCUCCAUAGACGACAAUACCGGCGAGGUGAUCCUAGUUGACACCUUGGACAGGGAGUCUACCGCAAGCUACACCUUGACCGUUAGGGCUUCUGAUGGAGUAACAAGCGGCGGGACACCGAACACAAACACCACCACGGUUACCAUAACUGUUGGAGACGCCAACGACAACGACCCAGUGUGCAGUCCGGCCGUGUACACGACGGCGCUAGCUGAAGAUUCCCCCGCCGGAACUACGGUGAUCACCGUCACCUGUGCCGAUGACGACGACGGCACGAACGCGAACAUCGUGUACUCCGUGACGUCGACGUACUUCGGAAUCGGCAGCAGUUCCGGGAUUAUCACCGUAAGCAACGUCCCCGACUUUGACGCAGGAGCGCCGUCCUCUUACAGUUUAACUGUGAAGGCGGUUGACGGAGGAGUGACGCAGAGGACUGGUACCGCACUGGUUACCAUAACCUUGACCGAGACCAACGACUACGCUCCUGCUUUUACUCAGACCUCGUACAGCGCAAGCGUGAAUGAAAAUGAGGCUGUCGGAACCUCCAUAGCAACGGCCGCUGCUACAGAUAGCGAUGCAGGUAAUGACGGUGUGAUAGUUUACACCAUGCCGACCUACACAAACUUCCGUCUGGACGAGAACACGGGAGAGAUCACUCUAAAGGCGGAGCUGGACUACGAGACCACCCAGUCGUACGAGCUCGUGGUGACGGCGACGGACCAAAGUGCCGCAUCAGCCGACAGACAGAGCGCAAGCGUCACUGUCUACGUCACCGUGAAUGACGUCAACGACAACGAGCCGUCCUGUAGCCCCGCCACCUACACGGCCACCAUCGCGGAGGACACCGCCGACGCCACCGCCAUCGUCACGCUGGUCUGCGAUGACCUGGACUCCGGCGUGAACGACGACCUGGUGUACGCCAUCACGGACGGGGACGGUCUGGGACAGUUCGCCGUCAGCACGGCAGGGGUCGUCAGCGUCGUCAAGGAUGGGACUGACGACUUGGACUUCGAGACGACGCAGACGUACUCACUGGAGGUAGAAGUGACCGACUCUGGCGUGCCAGCACUGACAACUACUGUUCAGGUUGGGGUGACGUUGACCGACGUUAACGAGUACGCCCCUGACUUUGACCCUGACGCCUCGGCCGUCAGCUCCUACAGUAUCAACAUCGCAGAGAACGUGGCCGUGGGGUCAGCUGUCAUGACCAUCACUGCUAACGACAACGACACGGCUCAGUCUGUAACCUUCUCAUUCAACCCCUCCAGUAACAAGUUCCUCAUCGACGCAGACUCAGGGGAGAUCACAGUGAAGUCCAGCCUGGAUUACGAGUCGGUCACCUCCUACGCACUGAAGGUAGAGGCUGUGGACUCCGGCUCUCCGGCGAAGACCAGUACCGUGGACCUGGCCUUCUCCAUCACUGAUGUUAACGACAACGACCCGGUGUUCAGUCCCACGUCUUACGCCAUACAGGUCCAAGAAAAUACCACAAACGGCGCAGUGGUGGUGUCCACGACUUGUACAGACGUGGAAGACGCCACUGUUGUGUACACCAUGUUCGACGGGAACACCGGGAACGUAUUCGCCGUCGAUACAAACGGUGACAUCAUAAUGCAGAGCAAUACCAACCUAGACUACGAAACCCUGACGGAGUACACUCUCCGAGUAACCUGUAGGGACUCCACGUUUCCAGAGAGGACCGUCACGGCUACCGUACAGAUAGAGGUGACCGGGUAUAAUGAAGACACGCCGGCUUUUACCAACUCAGCCCUGGCUACCUUCGCCGCAGACACGUACUCAGCGACCAUCUCCGAGGACAGUCCCCUGGGAGACACUGUGACUCAGGUGUCGGCUACUGACACCGAUGCUGACGCGGACGGAACCAUCUACUACUCCAUCACUAGUGGCAACAGCGAGGGCAAGUUCUACAUCGACAGCAGCACAGGCUAUAUUAUGGUAAACAAAGAGCUUGACCGCGAGGCGACGGCGUCCUACGUACUGAUAACGACGGCUACAGACGGCGGGACGUCCCCCACCCUCUCCUCCACCGCCACGGUCAGCGUCACGGUAUCGGACGUGAACGACAACACGCCUAUAUGUGUGCCGUCUAUAUACAGCAACACGCUAGCAGAGAGCUCCGCCGCCGGGACCGUUGUGGCAAAUAUUGCAUGCAGUGACAACGACGACGGCGUGAACUCACAGCUGACUUACACCAUCAUGUCCGGGGAUGAUCAGGGUCAAUUCUCAGUUGGCACAACGGGCAGCUUGACUAUUGGAACCUCCCUAAACUACGAGGACAUUCAGGAAUACUCCAUGAUCAUUCAAGUAUCGGACAGUGCCACCACUCCUCUCGCCACUAACGUGACGGUAGCUGUGGACGUGACGGGAGUGAACGAGUUUACCCCGGUCUUCAACCCUACCUCCUACGCCGUGAACAUCAGUGAGAACUCCACACAGGGCAUCACUGUGGAAACUGUGAUUGCCACUGACGGCGACUUCGGAAGCCAAGGAGAUAUCGGCUACCACAUCAGCGCAGGAAACAGCGAACAGAAGUUCGUCAUCGAUAGCAGCUCUGGUGCCAUCGGGCUUGCCCAGACCCUGGACCGGGAGACCACAGCGAGCUACCAGCUUACCGUCCUGGCCAUAGACGACGGCGGAGCGUCCGCUCUGACGGGCACCACGACAGUCACGGUCACCGUCACGGAUGAGAACGACAACACGCCGGUGUUCGCGCAGUCUCUCUACACGGUGGCCCUGGACGAGACUACCGCGUCUGGCUCUCCUGUCGUCACGGUGGCCGCUACGGACAUUGAUGAAGGGAUGAACGCUGACAUUCAGUACUCUAUCGUCAGUGGCAACACGAACAACGACCUCGCCAUCGAUGCAACCACAGGUGCUGUGACGCUAAGCAAUCCUCUCAACUACGAGGUGACCGAAGACUACACGGUCGUCAUCCGGGCUACAGACAUGGGAUCCCCGGCAAACUCCGCAAACGCUACCCUCAGUCUAACCGUAAACGCUGUCAACGAAUUUGCGCCGGACUUCACUCAAAGCUUCUGGUCCGUGUCCAUCCUGGAGAACUCUACCUAUGGAGACAUUGUGGCCACCGUGGCGGCCACAGAUGAUGACAGUUACGCGGACGGUACUGUAGUGUUCUCUAUCACAAACGGAAACGGGGAGGCCAAGUUCCAGAUGGAGACCACUACUGGUGUCAUCAAGCUUACAGCCAACCUGGACCGCGAGAACACAGACUUCUACAACCUGACCGUGCAAGCUACAGACAUGGCUACUUCACCACUCUCCAACAGCUCGUACGUGGAAGUAACGGUUAUAGAUUCCAAUGACAACUACCCAACCUUCAGUCCCACAGUGUACAGCGCCACAGUGCCUGAGGACCAAGCCAUCUCGUCUACGGUAGUUACCGUAGCCGUCACAGACGCUGAUAUCGGUACUAACGCUGAUAUCGCCUAUUCCAUCACAGCAGGUAACCUAGAAGGAAAAUUCGGCAUUCAGUCAAACGGAGCGGUUACCCUUGCCGAUACAUUAAACUAUGAAAAUACCACCCAGUACACGCUCACAAUCACGGCCACAGACGACGGCUACCCGCCACUUUCCUCGGAGGCAACCGUCUCUAUAACCGUCGGUGCUGUGAACGAGUUCGCCCCGGUCUUCGACCAAGACCCAUACACUGCUUCAGUGAACGAGAACGCUACUAUCGGUACUGUGGUCACGGCGGUUAACGCCACCGAUGACGACGACGGAACCCAGGGUCUGGUCCUCUACUCCAUCGUGGCUGGUAACUCAGAACGAAAGUGGGUCAUUGACGAAGAAUCCGGUAACAUCUCUGUCGCUACAACCCUAGACCGCGAGACUACGGACAACUACGAACUGACCGUCAGGGCUUAUGACUCUUACGGCGUGUCACCUUUCAACUACACCGAAGUCAACGUUACCAUUACUGUGCUAGACAUAAACGACAACGAACCUGUAUUUGAUCCGCAAACGUAUAGUAUCUCCAUCCUAGAGGGCGCUCUUGUGGGUACCACAGUCGUCAAAGUGACAUCAACAGACUUGGACAUGAAUGCCAACGCCGUGCAUGAUUACGUCAUCUCCGCCGGAAAUACCGGAGACGCGUUCGAGCUCAGCAACGACGAAAUUCUGCUGAAGAAUAAGCUCAACCACGAAACCGUCGGUCUCUAUACGCUAACGAUCCAAGCUACCGACCAGGGCGACCCGGUCCUGACCGGCGAGGCGACAGUGACUGUAACUGUUCUGGCGGAGAACGAGUUCCAGCCGGUGUUCCAGGAAGACAGUUCCACCGUCGUGGUUUCCGAGGACGCGGUUCUCGGCACGCUGAUCUAUAACGCCAACGCUACGGACAACGACACGGGAACGUACGGGAACCUGGAGUUCUACAUCACCGCCGGCAACGGCGACAACGGCGCUACCUUCCUCUGCGACUCAUCCACGGGUGAAGUCCGACUGGGGACGUACCUGGACCGUGAAACGAACGCGUCCUACGUCCUGACCAUCACUGUCUAUGACCACGAUGCCGACGACGCCAACACCAUGAACGACACCAUGGAAGUGACCGUCACCGUAUCGGACGUCAACGACAACAAACCGACGUUUUCGGCCGACCAAUUCAACGUAUUUGUCACAGAAAACGUUCCAAGCGGAUCCUUAGUGACAACCAUGAUGGCUGAUGAUAUUGACGCCGGUGCCAAUGCUGACGUGGUGUACAGUAUUGUCUACGGCAGUUCUAACUUUGUCAUUGAUUCCAGCACGGGAUACAUCACGACAAACACUGCUGACCUUGACCGUGAGACUCAGGACUGGUACUACCUCACCGUCAAGGCCGCGGACCAAGGCUCCCCGGUCCUGUCCAGUGUAGUCGGAGUGACCAUCUGGGUAACUGACGAAAACGACAACACUCCAGUCUUCAACCCAGACAACUACAUCAUCAACAUUGAGGAGGAUGUAGCAGUCAACAGCGCGUUCUAUAUGCUAAGAGCAAACGAUGCUGAUAGCGGUACAAACGCAGAUCUGACUUACAGCAUAACAAGCGGUGACGCAUUGGGACAGUUUUCUAUAGCCACUAACGGGGAGGUCAGCGUGGUCUCGAAUUUGGACAGGGAGACAACUGGUCAGUACAUUCUGGAUGUGUUUGUCCAAGAUGGCGGUAGUCCUUCGCUAAACGCCACCGCCACAGUCACAGUAAACGUUCUGGACGUGAAUGACAACUUCCCAGUUUUCUCAUCCGACCCUUACACUGUUUCCGUGUAUGAAGACAUAGCCGUCGGCGCUACCGUAGCCGACGUCACCGCAACCGACGCUGACUCGGGCACAAACGCGCAGGUGUCGUACACAAUCAUAGGCGGCAACGAAGAAAACAAGUUUGUCGUCAACCAGGCUGAUGGUCCUCUCCUACUUGCGAAUUCCCUCGACCGCGAAAGCAACGACACGUACAAUAUCACCCUACGGGCUUACGACGGAGGCAGCCCGAGCCUUUCCACCACUGUUACGGUGUACGUGACGGUUCUAGACGUGAACGACAACACCGCCUUGUGGACUGACGCCAACUACACGUUCUAUGUCUCCGAGGACGCGGCGGUCGGUACCAGCGUCGGUAACAUCAGCGCUAGCGACAUUGACAUCUCUAACAACGCUGACCUGAGAUAUUCUAUAACCAAUGGCGACUCGAGCAAUCAGUUCGCUAUUGUAGACACCACGGGCAACAUUACCGUGAACGGCGCACUAGACAGGGAGGCAAUCACAAACUACACCCUUACCGUACAAGUGACAGACUUGGGAAACCCUGCACUACAGAACAGCGUCACUGUGCUAAUCAUUGUCAACGACGUCAAUGACAACAACCCCAUCUUCACACAGACGCUCUACGAAACACAGUACGUAGAGAACAGCAACACUGGUCUGAGUGUCCUGACUGUGACCGCGACUGAUACAGACAACGGGACAAACGCUGCGAUCACAUACAGCAUCUCAAAUACCAGUACUACGGGACUGAGCUACUUCAACAUAGACUCCAGCACGGGAGAAGUCACCAUCGGGUCGUCCUUAGAUCGGGAAGCGGACGAGAUCGUGACUUUUGUCGUGCUAGCGACGGACGGAGGGAACCCGGCUCUGACUGGGACUACAACGGUCAGAGUAAACGUCACGGACCUGAACGACAAUCCGCCAGUCUUUAACCCUGAUUUCUACAGUAUUGAGAUCCCCUACGACUCCACCAGUACGGAGGUCCUGACGACAGUGUCGGCUACAGACGCCGACAUCACCACCAAUGCCGAGAUCAUCUUCUCCCUGGUGGACCAGACCGAGUUCUUCACCCUGGAGCCCUUCAGCGGGAACUUCAAAAGGCUGGCCGGGUCGGGAAGCCUGGAGAAGGAUGUGAAGAUCGUGGCCAGGGCCAUCGGCAGAGACGGAGGUACUCCUCAGUUGUCCUCUGACCUGGGGUAUAUCCGGGUGGACACGUAUGACGUGCAGGACGCAUGUGUGAACCUGACCCUGGCCAUCUCCUGCACCAGCUUCAGCGCGUCCCAGGCGGCCUUCCUCGCCUCCCUGUCGGCGCUCUUCUCACCCGGGCGGGCCGGGAUCUCCUUCACAACCUGUUCGACCUCGGCUAGGAGAAGAAGGCUUCUACAGACUGACACAACUGUUGUGACCAUAUACGCGCUGGCUAACAACGACACGGACAGCUACUCAGCCAUUGACCAGACCAAGGACUUUCUGACCGCUCAGCAGGUCUUGGACGUUCUCCAGGCUGACGCAACUACCGGCACGCCUAACUCUGCACUGACCACAGGGGACUUCAACCAGUACGCCAUCACUAACGUAGAAGAGGCGUUCCCGACGACCACUGUAUCCACACCGUUCUACGACACGUGGUACGGCAUCCUGACCAUCGUGCUGUGCUCCGUGUUCGCCGUCAUCCUGUUCGUACUGCUCAUCGUGCUCAUCGUCUGGUGCUGUAGGAAAAACAAAAAUUCCAAGGAACAACAAAAAAGACCACGGAGACCGGAUACUCCGACUGUGAUAGAGAACGCGUGGACGGACCAGAAGAAGACCACAGUCAUCACCGACCAGGGCGGGUACAAACAAGACAGUGUCAAGCAGACCUCGGAGAAUCCCCUGGUCUUGGCUGCUGCGACACAGUUCCAGAGACCCCGGCGGGUCCAGCCUGACCGGGUGCGUAAAACUACCAACAACAGGACGGAGGUAUCCUCCGCGGACCCCAGCAGACGGGAGUUCGACGGGCGGGCUGUCGAUCCAGCUACCGGCAAAACGUACCUGUACAACACGAGAACAGGUGCGCGGAAAUGGCUGGACACCGCCAGGACCAACCUCAACAACAAGCGGAACAACAACAGUAGCGAAGCUUGAUCAAGGCGCCCAGACUCUAAACUAACGUUACUUGUAAAAUACGUGAUGUAGCUUUGCUCUUAAUGCCACACUGGUUUGAUAAGCUGUAGAUGCCCACAGGACCAAACUAUCGAUAUUUUGCUUUCAUCUCUUGUGGUUAACUAUACAUUUCCAUCGCACAGAAAAGGGAGUAUCCGGUAACAUCGAUGAAGGUUAGACAUUCAGGUAAUAAGAUAUGCCAAAAAGCACUUAUUCAAGCAACUGGAUAUGAUUUUGGAAACGGUCAGAAGUUUCAACUAGCAUCUGCUAGUUUUCGUCAGUGACCCUUGAGUAACUGGUUUUGGGCAUAUCUUAUCCGGUAACGUUUUACAAUGUUGGCAUAUAACGCACUUGAUUUAUAAUAUCAUUGAUGAAUAUUUGAUUUGUCAUCUAGGUCAACCCAUAGGUUAGAUAUAUCCGUUAAAUCAGAUAUUCCACUCAAUGAGCAUUUUCAAAGUAGAAUUAUAACAAACUUGAACCAGCAUAAUUUUGGGUCAUAUAAACAGUUUAUCAAAUUUGAGUGCCGUGGUAAGGAGUGUAAAACUAAAUGCAUAUUUUACAAGCAAACGGUAUUCUAUAUACAUGUAUUAUUUUUGUACGACAUAAAUCUAUGACAGGACUUCUAAAAAUGUAGAAUGUCGUCUAUGUAAUGAAUGAUUUUGAAUAUGCUGCUUUUUUCUACUUUUGUACAUAUGUUUAACAAGGUUAAGAUGUUCGAUAAGUGUUCUUGAACAACACAAUACCUGAUACAAAAAGAGAACAAACUUUUUACAUGACAGGGAAAAUCAGUCAUCACAAUGUGCUUUUUGUGCAGCUAAAAGAAAAAAAAUCUUAUAUACUCAGGUCCAACCUGGAUUUUUUGUUGACAGGAAUUCCAGUAAUCACUAUUGUAUAAGGUAUGGAGUUGUAGAUAUGUAUAUGUGUGUUUUGUGUGUUUGAAAUGAUGUCUCUAUUAAAUAGAUGCCUUCGUUUUCUGAAUAAUUGUGUCGGACUCAUGCACCACAAGUUGCUGUGCAAUAACUAAAUAAAAGAGAUUUUAUGUGUACAUAUGAUAUGUUUUUGGUAGAUUUUGUAAUAAAGAUUGCUACCAGCA